CCAAGUUCCCGGGGCGGAUCCGGCCCGACCGCGGCGAGCAAACUCCCUGCUGGGUCACGCUGCCGGAGCGGGACUCGCUCCUGGCCAGCCUUGGGCCCUCGACCGGCAUGCGCUGCCUAGCAGACCAGGUUUUGGUAAAUGACCGUGGUGAGGUCUCAUUUGAUGAUCGGAGGCGAUUUAGACUUUGUUGUACAUUUCAAAACGCGGCUGGGGUACAGUUGCAAUAAGCAGACACCUUUACCGCAGUCCCAGGGCACAAAGAGAUGAAUGUUUAGGGCCGAUAUAUAAGGCGUUGAGCUGGUAAAAAAUAAGUUAACUUGAAUUUACUGCCAUAUGGUUUAGAAAAGGGGGAGGGGGUUGUGCUUUCUUUGUUUCACUACUACAGGUCUUUAAAAAGUAUCAAGAGACCUGGCGAAAAGUUUAUCCUGGUAAGGUUAAUGCAAGAUUGUAGAAGUGGUUUGAACGUAUUGUGUACUCUUGAUUUUAAAUCCUAUGUAAGGUGCUGUAGGAGUGGAGAAAGUUUAGUGUGUGCUUCACACUGUGGAAAGGAUAAUCUAAGGGAAAUAGAAAUUUUAGAAUUUUGAGAUGAAAAAGCUCAGAUUGCUUUAAAUUAUAUUUAGAGCAAGUUUCAGAGUUUGCAUUACUGUUUGUAGUCUUGAGGUUGACUCAACAUUUCGUGUUCAAGAAUUCUGUAUUUCAAAACUAAUUGGAAAUAUACUGUAUUUUCUGCAGGAUGCAUUUGUUGAGCAUUUACUGUGUACACGUGUUGGACAUUUUGAAAUAAGGUGUCAGCUGUGAUGCAUGUUUAAAAGGAAAUUUUCGAGGUCGCAGAUACAAGUGUUUAAUUUGCUACGAUUACGAUCUUUGUGCGUCUUGUUAUGAAAGUGGUGCAACAACAACAAGGCAUACAACUGACCACCCAAUGCAGUGCAUAUUAACGAGGGUAGAUUUUGAUUUGUACUAUGGUGGGGAAGCUUUCUCUGUAGAGCAGCCACAGUCUUUUACUUGUCCCUAUUGUGGAAAAAUGGGCUAUACGGAGACAUCGCUUCAAGAACAUGUUACUUCUGAACACGCAGAAACAUCAACAGAAGUGAUUUGUCCAAUAUGUGCGGCAUUACCUGGAGGCGAUCCUAAUCAUGUCACGGAUGACUUUGCAGCUCAUCUUACACUUGAACACAGAGCCCCUAGAGAUUUAGAUGAGUCGAGUGGUGUUCGACAUGUACGUAGAAUGUUUCACCCUGGCCGGGGAUUAGGAGGUCCUCGUGCUCGUAGAUCAAACAUGCACUUUACUAGCAGUUCUACUGGUGGACUUUCUUCUUCUCAGAGUUCAUAUUCUCCAAGCAAUAGGGAAGCCAUGGAUCCUAUAGCUGAGCUUUUAUCUCAGUUAUCAGGAGUGAGACGCUCUGCAGGAGGACAGCUUAAUUCUUCUGGCCCUUCUGCUUCUCAGUUACAACAACUGCAGAUGCAGCUGCAGCUAGAACGGCAGCAUGCCCAGGCAGCACGGCAACAACUGGAGACCGCACGCAAUGCAACCCGGCGUACUAACACAAGCAGUGUCACCACUACAAUCACACAAUCCACAGCAACCACCAACACAGCUAAUACAGAAAGCAGUCAGCAGACUACCCAGAAUUCCCAAUUUCUCUUAACAAGGUUGAAUGAUCCUAAAAUGUCUGAAACAGAGCGCCAGUCCAUGGAAAGCGAGCGUGCAGACCGCAGCCUGUUUGUCCAGGAGCUCCUUCUGUCCACUUUAGUGCGUGAAGAGAGCUCGUCCUCAGACGAGGAUGAACGGGGGGAGAUGGCAGAUUUUGGUGCUAUGGGCUGUGUAGAUAUUAUGCCUUUAGAUGUUGCUUUAGAAAACCUAAAUUUAAAAGAGAGUAAUAAAGGAAAUGAGCCUCCACCACCUCCUCUUUGAUGACAUCCCAAUUCGCAGACGAUGUCCUCUGUCCUGUAUUUGCCAAUGAAAGUGGACGACAACUAUCUUGGGUUUGUUUGGUGAUUGUAAUUUCAGGUCUGUCACUCUUGUUACAUUGUGUACAUUCAAAAGGAAGAGAGAAAAUAUAUAUGAUAAUCAUUUCCACUUAACUAAUUUUUACUUCUAGCAGGUAAAUAAAUGUAGGUAGCAGUGCAGGGGUGAUCUCUGCUUCCUGUACCUUGACAUGCAAAGGCUCUCCUAAUACUCCACAUUCAAACUGAAGAGGAAAAUUGAAAUCUCUAAUGAAGCUGCUGUGUGUAUUUAUGAAUAUUAAUGAAUAAAAACUGCUUGGAUGGUUUACCUUAACUACUGCAUGAGGUUUUUUGCAGCGUGCAUGAGUUUUAGUGACCUUGUUAUUUAAAAAAUUAAAUACAAGGAGUAAAACUUAAAAAAAAAAAAAAAAAGCCCAAAGCUUUCCCAAGCGUUAUUCAAUGGCUGCGUUUAUUCAGUGGUUACAUGACAAGAGAUGCUGAGGUAGCUUUUGAAUAACGUCUGCCUGGAUCACCUUUCUCUGUGGGCCUCAUGUGCACAAAGCCAGCUCUGCAGUGGAAUCUGGGGGGGGCGUAGCGGGUGUGGAGCUCCGCCCUGUGUGACUGUCCUGUCGCCCUGUGAGUCAUCUUGCCUGUGUGGAGCUCAGCCUGUCUCUCUAACUCGUCAGUAGAAGACACGCCAGUAAAGCUACUGUCGGAAUCUGCUGCGGGGGCGUUUGUGUGCCCUGAAAACCAAUCCUGUUCAUGUUUGUUUGAAGUUUUUACUUUUUGUGGUUGUUUAAAAUUUUUCAGUUGUUAAAUAUGUUUUAUUCAGGUGUCGAUUAAUUCAUUUAUUCACUGUUCAACAAAGUUAACCUGAAUUAUGUUGUCUUUGUUUUUAAAAAAUCUCACAUUCUCGGUCAUACCUUGAGUUAUUUAUGUGUUUGCUUCAUAGUUUGCUGAGACGGAGCAGUAUCAGGGGAGCUUUGAGGAUUUGCCUUCCCAGACUUUGUCUAUAUAUUACAACCAAAUUCUUAAAGCUAACUUUAGCACCUUUUAUUUAUUGGGUUUUUUCUGGCAUAAAAAGUAAAGCCUUUUAAUUGAAUCAUGCCACCUAUAUGCCUAUAUUAUUAAUCCUAUGUGUAAAAAAAAAAAAGUACAGCUUUUAGGGGUUUGUUUUGGGGUUUGGAGGGGACGGGUUUUUAUUUUCUGUUUCACUUUUUUUGCAUAGCCUUUCACAAUAGCUCCAAGGCAGGGGCAGCAGGUUUUGGGGCUGGGGGGCAGUUUUUGGAAUGUAAAUUUAGGACUCUUUAAAAAGGUGCGCACAGCUUCCGAUAAAUUUAUACCUAGACUUCACCUAAUCAUGUCUCGUUCCAGUUCUCUUUUCUCUGAGCCCUUUUCUCAGUCUCCUUUCCCCCGUCAUCCUUUCCCUUUCCUGUCUGUGUUCUUCCGUUUCUUCAACACGACAAGCAUACAGACUGAACACCGUACAGUGUUCUUCCGAGAACUGUGAAGUCCAUGUUCAUCCAAAUGUAACCAAAAAGAAGUCACCCCACAUGUCAAAAAAACUGUCGCUUCUCCUGUGAAACUUAAGACCCCAGCGAUUUCCAAAUAUAAUAGCUUUGUUUUCUUUAGUUUCUGUGAUGAAAAAUGCUGUCAAGGAAAAAUUUUACAUCAACCUUCUGGUUAUACUAGAAGUCAACUCCAGUACGGAUUUUCUUUUUUUCAAUUGGUUGUUGAGAAGUUUCAAAAUCCAAUUUUCAAGCUGUGGUCUUUUCAAACACAUCUUCUGCAUAUAAGUCACACAUUUCAAUAAAGCAUUUUCAAGA